AUGGUGAUGAAGAUGAAACCCAUCAUGGCAUUCUUGGUGAUUAUGAACAUAGCCAUAAUAUCAACACCCUUUGCCGUGGCAGCAUCUCAAGCCUUACCCGGGUGUGAAGAACGGUGUGGCGACGUGCACAUUCCAUAUCCAUUCGGCAUCAAAGAAGGGUGCUAUCUCAACCAAAAUUUCUCGAUCGCUUGCGACAAAACCGAUCGCAACGGACCUCCAAAGGCGUUUCUAAUGCAUACCAAUAUUAGUGUUAUGAAUAUAUUUACCAACGGUGAGCUUCACGUGUUGCAGCCGAUAGUGCGAAAUUGUUAUAGGGACGGGGGUAGUUAUUUAGAUAUGAACGAUUCGUAUCUUUCUGUGCCGGACAUGUACCCACUUUCUCGUUCCAAAAAUAAGUUCAUUACCAUUGGGUGCAAUCAUGUUGGGUUAAUCUUGGGGGAUUACUUAGGGGGUGACUUUGAAAGUGGGUGUAUUUCGAUGUGUACAAAGAAAAGUAGUGUAGCUGAUGGGUCGUGUUCUGGGAGUGGGUGCUGUCAGUUGGAGAUUCCAAAAGGGUUAACCAAUGUGAGAUUGGCGGUGGGUGAGUUGUUGAAUUACACUGAAAUACCGAAAUUGAGUCCCUGUGGGUAUGCUUUUAUAAUUGAAGCUGAGAGGUUCCGGUUUUUGUCAAGUUAUAUUGAUAAGUUUGAAGAGGAGAAAGUUGUGGUUGUGCUUAGUUGGGGCAUUAGAAACGAAUUAAAGUUUGAAUGUGGAUCAAACACCGCAAGGAUUAGUAUCUUUAAUGGAACUCAAUAUGGUUGCCAAUGCUUGGAUGGUUACGAGGGGAAUCCAUAUCUCCGUCACGGAUGCCAAGAUGUGAAUGAAUGCAAGUAUGGAUGGCUGAAUGACUGUAUGCCCAAGGCCAAGUGUAUUAACACUGAAGGAAACUAUACCUGUCGUUGUCCUAAGAACUUCCAUGGAGAUGGAAGAGAAGGCGGAGAAGGUUGCACCAAAAAUUCCACCUCUUCCAUUCCUAUCAUAAUUGGAAUUGGGUUAGGCCUCGUAGUUCUACUAAUUGCCAUCACAACCAUAUACUUAUGCUAUAAAAAGUUGAAGUUCAUCAAACAAAAACAGCGUUUUUUCCACAAAAACGGAGGCUUUGUGCUUCAACGACAGCUUUCUCAAUGCAAUUCACCUAAAGACAUCGUAAGAAUCUUCAGCCAAGAAGAGUUAGAGAAGGCCACCAACAACUACGCCAAAGACACCAUUGCUGGCAAUGGUGGCUACGGUACCGUUUACAAAGGUGUCUUGGACGAUGGACUCACCGUUGCAAUCAAGAAAUCAAAAUUCAUGGACGAAUCCCAAACAUCCCAAUUCAUCAAUGAAGUCGUUGUUCUUUCCCAAAUCAACCAUCGAAACGUGGUCAAGCUCUUAGGGUGCUGUUUAGAGACCCAAGUCCCAUUGUUGGUCUACGAGUUCGUCACCAACGGCACCCUCUUCGAUCACAUUCAUGACACUACCAAACACGUCCCACUUUCUUGGGAAGCUCGCUUGAGAAUCGCUUCGGAAACAGCCGGUGUCAUUUCGUAUUUGCAUUCUUCAGCUUCUAUUCCCAUCAUCCAUAGAGAUAUCAAGACCACCAACAUACUUUUAGACGAUAAUUACACUGCAAAGGUCUCUGAUUUUGGUGCUUCCAAGUUGGUUCCUAUGGAUCAAACUCAGCUAACCACGCUCGUGCAGGGGACUCUUGGGUACUUAGACCCUGAGUACUUAUUGACGAGCGAGUUAACUGAGAAGAGUGACGUGUAUAGCUUUGGAAUUGUGCUUCUGGAGCUUAUAACGGGAAAGAAAGCGGUGAGGUUUGAUGGGCCGGAAGAAGAUCGAAAUCUAGCCAUGUAUGUCCUUUGUGCAAUAAAAGAAGAGCGUUUUGAAGAAGUGGUGGAGAAGGGAAUGGUGAGUGAGGCAAACAUGGAGCAAAUAAAGGAAGUGGCUAAGGUAGCAAGAGAGUGUGUAAGAAUCAAAGGGGAGGAGAGGCCGAGCAUGAAGGAGGUGGCUAUGGAGUUGGAGGGGCUGCGAGCAACGAAGGGUGAGCAUUCAUGGGCCAAUGAUAGCCUAUCCGCCGCACAAGAGUCGAGCCCAUUUGUUGAGAGUGGAAGUAAGGGCGCUGUGGAUGAUAGCAUGAAGCUGGAAUUGCCACAUGUCGAACAUGGUAGAUGAUCUUAUCAUAAAUGCUUUUAUUUAGUGCACUUGAAGUAGUCACUUUUUCCUUUCUUAAUUUAGAUCUCGUGUCUUAAUUUUGUCCAGCACUUUCAAUAGAAUAAAAUAAAGCUUGUAAAUAUGGUUAAGAUAAA